GUUUUCUGAUAGCCGGCGUGUUGGCGUCUAGCCACGGACGGCAUUCCAGUCGACGAGGUAGUCAGCGGAACCUUGGCCGCAGUGGCUCCGGCGGCUCUGCUGGACGUAUGAGUCACAGUGGACACAGUGGUUCUAGCGGGCGUAGUGGAUACAACGGACGUGGAUACAACGGACGUAGUGGUUCAAGAAGACAUAGCGGUUCUAGAAGACAUAAUGGUUCUGGUGGACGCAUGAGUAACCAGGGUGGCCGUGGUCGUGGAGGAUAUCGGAGCAGUUCCUCGGGUCGCCGAGGCGGUUCCAGAAGUCGUCACAGUUCAUACGGACGUGGCAAUUCCGGAAGAUAUCAUGGAUGA